GGGGGCUCCGGCGCUCUCCGCACGGCGGCCGCGCCGGGCCGGGCCUGGCGGGGCGGCGCCCCCGGCUCUGCUCGCGCCGGGCCCCGCCCGCGGCCGGGGGUCCGGCGGGGCCUCCCCCGGGUGUGCCGAGCGCCCGCCGGGCCGCGGCCCUCCCGCUCCCGGCCCGGCUGGGCUGCGCCCUUUGUGUCGCCGCGCUCCCGGCGCUUCCAGGGCAGCCCCGCUGCGGAACGGGUGCCGGGUGUCGCUCCCCCCGCAGUGCGGGGCGCGGAGGCUCCCACCCCGCUCCCGGCACUCCCGCUCGGCAAGUGGGCACCGCAGAAAGUCACUGUGAUAGCGGCAGUAGUUGCACAGAGAGGUUUUUUUCUUUUGUUUGUUUGUUUUUUUUCUUUUUUUUUUUUUUUUUUUAGAUAGUGACUGAGCUACAAAAGAAAACUAGAAGGCAGUUGUGACUGAAACUCAGUGCUGUGAGUGCGACUGCAGAGUGCCUAGAAGGUCACAGGAAGGGUUUCUGUUUAUUUUUUGUUUGCGCUAAUUUCAUCUUACUUGUCCUUUAGGCCAUUUUUAUCUGUCUUGGUAAGGUAAGUUUUACUUGGUUUGCCUUUUCUACACCCGAGGACAGCACACAUGCUGACUGUAGGUAAAUUAAAAUUUUGCUUAAAAAUGAUGUGAAGGAAUUGCAGUCUAGUACAGUUCCAGGGAUGAGCAUUAUGCUUUUUUUCUUAUUAUUUUUGACUUAAGGUUGGUAAUAGAUUAUUUUCAAAGGGAAAGAAAUUUGAAUAAAAGUAUGCAUGAUUAUUUUUUUGAUUUUUUUUUCUUUUUUUUUGGGGGGAGGUCCUGACUGUAUUUCUGUAAGCUAAGUAGCUAAUACAAAGUCAGGAUCAAAAUUUUGCAUCUUUUCACCCUCUGGAGUACCUUUGCUGUCAAUGACACAUUUUAAACAACAUAACUUGUUUUAAUGCAACUUUUUUCCUUCCUUCAAAGGUGGUGAAAAAGACAAUAUCAAGAUGAGUAAAAAGCCUCCAAAUCGUCCUGGAAUCACAUUUGAGAUUGGUGCUCGUUUGGAGGCACUGGACUAUUUACAAAAAUGGUAUCCAUCUCGAAUUGAGAAGAUAGAUUAUGAGGAGGGGAAGAUGUUGGUGCAUUUUGAACGCUGGAGCCAUCGCUACGAUGAGUGGAUUUACUGGGACAGCAACAGGUUGCGACCUUUGGAGCGACCAGCAUUAAGGAAAGAGGGGCUGAAGGAUGAUGAAGAAUUUAUUGAUUUUAAACCUGGAGAAGAAGUCCUGGCUCGUUGGACAGACUGUCGAUAUUACCCUGCAAAGAUUGAAGCAAUUAAUAAAGAGGGAACAUUCACAGUGCAAUUCUAUGAUGGUGUCAUUCGAUGUCUUAAAAGGAUGCAUAUCAAAUCUAUGCCAGAGGAUGCAAAAGGGCAGGCGCGCGAGAGGGAGCAGAUAGCGCCGGAGCUGAGAUUAGUGACGGAAAUCGAACCAAAAGAAGAUUGGAUAGCUUUGGUCAAAGCUGCUGCUGCAGCAGCAGCCAAGAACAAAGCUGGAAGUAAACCUAGAACCAGUGCAAACAGCAAUAAAGAUAAAGAGGACAGAAAAUGGCUAAAAGUCCCUUCAAAAAAGGAAGAAACCUCAACCUCUACAAUCAUGCAGGAAGUCCAAAAAAACGAAGAGGAGCCUACAUCUAGUGACACAUUUGUAGGAUUUCCUGUAGUGGAUGUUCCAAAGAUGGCCUUUGUGCAGGCAGAGAGCACGUUAUCACACAAGAGGAAAAGUAAUCUAGGCAACUCAUUUCAGGCAAAGAGAGCUCGCCUAAACAAGAUCACUGGUUUAUUGGCAUCCAAAGCUGUUGUUGCAGAUGGUGCUGAAAAAAAGGAAGGCAACAAAGAAACAGCUCCAGUCCUGGAGCAGGAGAUUUCACCUAAACCACAAAGUCAGAAAAAAAAUGAAGCUGAUAUUAGCAGUUCUGCCAACAUUCAGAAACCUGCACUGUUAUCCUCAACUUUGUCUUCAGGAAAGGCUCGCAGCAAGAAAUGCAAACAAGAAUCUGGAGAUUCUUCCGGGUGUAUAAAGCCCCCUAAAUCACCACUUUCCCCAGAAUUAAUACAAGUCGAGGAUUUGACGCUGGUCUCUCAGCUUCCUUCUUCUGUGAUAAAUAAAACUAGUCCAUCACAGCCAGUGAAUUCCCCUAGAUCCUACAAACAUAGUCAACGGAGAAGAAGAUCACAGCGUUUAGCCACUUGCUCCUUGCCUGAUGAUUCUGUAGAAAAAGUUUCUUCUCCCUCUUCAGUCACUGAUGGAAAAGUGUUCUCCAUCAGUGGUCAAAACCAACAGUCAUCAAAAUUGGAGGUACCUGAUGUUGCUCAUGUGUCACUUGAGAAGCGUGGACCAUGUCUCCCUCUUGAUUUAAGCCGUAGUUCGGAAGUUACAGCACCAUUAUCCGCAGAAUCCACUUUCCGUAAUGAAUAUCCCAGUAAAGACAAGGAAGAUAUUCAGAUGAUUGCAUAUCUUUCUUCCAAAGCAGUAACUGAUGGAAGAGUAGCUACAACAGCGUCAGCACCCUCGUCCCAUGUACAUGCCUUGCAUCUGGAAUUGCCUUUAACCAAUAGUCUCAAGUUACCCAAAGGGAAUAGUAAAAAAAAGAGGUCUUCCACAUCAGUGAGCUCUGAAGGGACAGAGAUACAGUGCUCUGUGCCCAUAAAGGAGAAAUGUUUUGAGAGUCUGAAGGAGAAAAUAUUAAAGAACGUGAUUGAGAAGGACAAGCAUUCAGAAGUUGGUGCAGCUAGAAUGGAAAGAAAAGGAAAACUGGAAGAGAAAAGUUCUUCAACAUAUGCUGCUUUGAAUUGUUUAAUUUUUAUUUCAGGUAAAAAGAAAGAAAAAGAAAAGGAGAAAAAGGAGAAGAAAGAAAAAGAACAUAAACCAAAACAGAAAAAGAAGAAGAAAAAAAAGAAGAAAUCAAAACAGCGUGAUUAUUCGGAUUAUGAAGACAGUUCUGUUGAAUUCCUGGACAGGUGCUCCUCUCCCUUGACACGGUCCUCGGGCAGCUCUCUGACGCUGCGCAGCAUGUUCUCAGAGAAGAACUCUUCAUACCAGUAUCCAAGAGCUAUCCUGUCUGUUGACCUUAGUGGAGAAAACCUUUCAGAUGUGGAGUUCUUGGAUGAUUCUUCCACAGAGAGUUUGUUACUUAGUGGUGACGAAUACAAUCAGGAUUUUGAUUCAACUAACUUUGAAGAGUCACAGGAUGAAGAUGAUGCUCUCAAUGAAAUUGUUAGAUGCAUUUGUGAACUUGAUGAAGAAAAUGGCUUUAUGAUUCAGUGUGAAGAAUGCUUGUGUUGGCAGCACAGUGUGUGCAUGGGACUGUUGGAGGACAGCAUUCCAGAGCAGUACAUCUGUUACAUCUGCAGAGAUCCACCAGGACAGAGGUGGAGUGCCAAAUAUCUCUAUGACAAAGACUGGCUAAACAAUGGACACAUGUGUGGAUUAUCAUUUUUGAAAGAGAACUACUCUCAUCUUAAUGCCAAAAAGAUCGUGUCAACACAUCACCUACUGGCAGAUGUUUAUGGGGUAACUGAAAUACUGCAUGGAUUGCAGCUGAAGAUUGGGAUACUGAAAAAUAAGCAUCACCCAGACCUUCAUCUCUGGGCUUAUUCAGGGGUGAAGAAAGAACAAGAACAAAGAACUGUUGGGGUAGAGAAAAAGUUGGUGACUUUACAGGAUGCUGUUAAUCCAGCUGAAAGGACGUGUCGUAGUCAAAACCAUAAAGAGCCACCCAGUAUACCCCAGAAGAUGGAAGAGACGUACAUCACAAGUGAGCACAGUUACCAAAAACCACAGAGUUUUAGUCAUGACUACAAAGCAGUCACUGACCCUAUGAGCUCAGAUGAUGAAGACACAAGUAGCUUUGAGGAAGAUCAGGAAUACCACAUAGAGAAUAAAAACUGUUUACAAUAUUCUUUUAAAGAUGGUGGCAUGAAUGAGCAGAAUUCUGCUGAAGGAAACACUGUGUUUGUUUGUAAUGAAAGAAGAGGCUCAGAAGAGCAAGUGGACACACAUCUUCAAUGGCAGCUAAAUCUCCUCACCCAUAUAGAGAAUGUACAGAAUGAAGUCACCAGCAGAAUGGACCUGAUUGAAAAAGAAGUUGAUGUUUUAGAAAGCUGGCUUGAUUUCACUGGAGAACUGGAACCACCAGAUCCUCUUGCAAGAUUGCCUCAGCUCAAGCGACGUAUCAAGCAGCUCUUAAUUGACAUGGGAAAAGUACAGCAAAUAGCAACACUGUGCUCUGUAUGACAAAAGGAAGAAUAAAGUAAAAAUAGGUUCUUUACAGUGAAUUUUCUUAUUAGCCACAAGACUGACAGGAAGACAGCAAAAAGCUGAGCAUUUAUCUGGUUCUUUGCUGAUUACAUUAAUAGCCUGAAGCUUUAGAAAGAAGAGAGGAAGUUUAGAGUCAGGAAUCUGUUUUGUUGAAAAUAUGAAUAUUCAAUGUCCUGGCUUCAAAAUUAUAUCUAAUAUACUGAGAAAUGACAGUUUCUCAGGAUUUGAACAUGUUAAGCAAGUAAAUCCCCUGAUACAAGAAAAUUCAACAAACAAAAACUCUUCGCAGAGCGAUGCUACUAUUUUGAAACCCUUGGCAAGCAUUUCUAAAUUAGUGGAAUUCAGCUGACUAAAAAUGCAAUCCUCUUAUCUUGCUAGUGAAAGGUAGAUACAGAGACAGCUGUAUCUUCUCUACAAGGAAGGUUUUUAGGUUAUUUCUUUCUCUUACAAGUGUUCAGGAAAAUGAACAUACUAGCUUUGAUUUUUGAAAAAAAAUUACUUGUCAUGGUCUCCCUUUUAAAAUAUUUUUUAAAAUAGAAAUCCCUAGAACAGUACCCUUAGGCUCCUUUAAAACAGAAGUGUAAAAUAGUGGUCAGAUGUGCCAAAUAAUAUUAAAAUCACUGGGAUGAGAGUUUGAUUAUGACUUAGGCAGAGGUUUUUCCAAAGUCCUACUCGGUGCCAGCGGUCUAUCCAAAAUUGUAUCUAGUUUAUAUUUUUUAAUGUUCUAUAGCAGUGUUCAGGAAUCAAGGUGCAAGUUUUGUCCUGGGUAGUUCUACUCUGAUGUUGGCCCUCUGCAAACUUCGCCGUCCUCAGUGAGGAUGAGGAAUGACAGCAGCAAAACUGUCUGUGGCUGUGGAAAUUCUAAACCAUUAGAGGAAAAAAAUCACAAGAUACCUUAUUGAAGUUGUUUUUAUAAUUUUUUUCAGCUUCAAUGAAUGAAAUGUCAUGAAACCAAAGGCAACCUACUUGCUCUGUUAGCUCUUGAUUUGAGCCCAGGAAUUUUCUGUGCUGAUAAGUUGCCGCUGUAGCCAGUGCUCCAUCCAAGUCUGUGUAUGUAUAUGUGUAUAGCUACAUGUACAUAUAUACAUACCAUACACAUUUCUAUCUACACAUGUCUAGUUUUAUUACCAUGGACUACAAGAACUGGGGGUUCAUAUUACCUUUUAACAAGCAGUUUCUAAAAUUGAAAAUAAUGUAUGUACAGGUUUUGAAAUUUGUAAAAUAUGACUGUUAAAAGGAGGCUAUUUAACUGAGGACAUUAAGAUACUUGAACAUUUUAUGCCUCAUCUCUGUUUAUCAGUUCUAGUUAUCUGUAUAAAUGCAUUUUAGAACCGAUAGACAGUAAACUUGAAUUUACCUUUUGAUAAGAGUACAAGCCACUGUACAUUCAAAAAUUAUUUAAAUUUGCAAACACACUGUUCUAUAUGUAAGGUACUGUAUGUAAAACUGUUUAUUAAAACUAUUCUGCAUACUCUACAUUUUCCACUUUUCUUCCUGAUCUACAUAGAAAUGUAAAAAAGAAGUGAUUGCUACUAUGUACAGACCAUCAAAAAAUCUUGGAAUGCCUUUUAAGGAUGCAUACAACUGAAAAAUGUGCCAAAGAUGGAUUAUCUUGGAAAGACUUUGCAACCAGUGCAUUGAACUUUCAUGAUAAAAUCAUUAUUGAGAAAGAAAGCAGCGUGGCUGGUUCAUUGCUAAAGUAAACCUACCCUGACCUUUCCUCUCUGUCAUACCUGAAGUGAGUUAUCAUUCCUGAUGGCCAAAGCAAAGUGUAAACCCUUGUUAAUGAGCAGUUGCUAUAUAAAAAGUCUUCCCACAUCAAGCUUGUAGGAGACCUCACUGAGCUGCAUCACAACACGGAAUUAUGGAAUGGUUGGCAACUCCAUAAUGCAGAAAGAACAUUAGAGCUGUGGAGUUGUUGAUGUUUUACAGCAACUGUUAAUAAAUACUCUGUGUUACAUAGUUGAUGCUUAAAUAACUGCUUCAAAAAAUGAAUAGUUGAGCGACCUACUUGCUUUUGGAUAUGUGAGACAUUUUUAUAGACUAUUCACUUGCUGCAUAUCCUUGAAUGUGGUACUGUGUGUACUGUAUAAGAGAAGUAUAAAUCCAGAUGAAUUACUUUGAAACAAAGUGGAGUGUAUUUACAGAAUUUAUACAGCAUACACUGUAGCAGUAUUAUGCAAUGUGUGUGCAUGUGUGUGAUGUAUUAUAAUUGUAAGUGUUACUGAAGGUGAAGUUGGACUUGGAAAGUUCAGGGGGGAGGACAAAGGUUUUAUUCUUACUACAGAGAUGGAGGAAUGGUAUCCUGAAAAGGAAAUCCUAAGGUCAAAAGUUGAAGUUGCCCUUGCAGCUUUAAUGUGUCUUCUGUUUGUAUGGGUAAUAAACUCUUAAUUUACACAAAUAUGUAAUUUCACCCCUCAAGAUCCUGCCUUGUUCAGGAUGGACUGUGCUUACAAAAACAAUCUGUUCAGUAUUUUCUUUAAUGUUCAUUGUGUAGUCAUGUAUUAUAAAAAUUCCUGCAAUCAUUCAUAUCUUUUAAGAAAUACAAUCUCUUUGUCCAUAUGGACCAUGCUAUGUAUGA